AUGGCCAAUGGUGCAUUUUCAGAGGCACAAUGGGAGAUGGCCACGACGGCCUCGGACGAGGAGCUGCGGCGCCGGGGCAGCCCCAUCCUCUUCGCAGAGUGCACGGGGGACACGAUCCUGACGGCUUCGGCGCGGCCUGGGGUGAAGCUUUGGCGGCUGCACGAGGGGGAGCUGACCAGCUCUGGCCAUCUCCCAUGUGCCACGCCCAGCUGCAUGGCCGUCUCAAGCUCGCGGGACCGGGUUUCGGUCUGCACCCAGGAUGGUCAGACGCUGCUGUGGGACCUCCGAGAUCCCAGCCCCGCGGUGCUGCAGUCCUUGAUCGCGCAGGCCAACCGGGUCGCCUUUGUGGGGGACCAUCUGGUCACUGGAGGAAGCUCCGGGAAGGUCUGUGUGUGGAACCAUCGGAAGCAGCAGGUGGAGAGGGAGAUUGCUCCUAACACCGGCGAGGAGUUGCGGAAUGGUGAGUCGCACAAGCGCAGGCGGCUGGAUGGAAACAAAGUGGCGACUACGUUUUCACAAGUAGGGAGAAUAUCUAGUCUUUGUGGAAGUCCGGACGGGCGACUGCUUGCUUGUGGCCGUGACUCAGGUCAUAUUGGACUCUUGCAGUUGGACAACAUGCAAUGGGCUUCGCCCGACCUGCAAGCUCACAUGCAGACUGGCGCUGUGAGAUCACUGUCCUUUGACGAGAGUUCCCGAUUUCUCCUGAGUGGAGGUGAUGAUCGAAAUAUUUGUUUGAUGGAUGUAGCGCACUGGGCUCAUCGCGGUCGACGCCCUUCGCUCGAGCGCUUUCCGGGCCACCGUGCCCGAAUCACAUCCGUGAGUUUCUGUCCAGAUGUGCGUCGGGCUGUUGCAGUAUCCAGUGCAUGGGACGGGGUAGUGAAACUUUGGGACUACCGGACCCAGAGAUUGCUGCAAAGCUUCUCGGAGCAUAAAGGCUGUGUCAUGGAUACAGCCUUUGCCCCGAGCGACGGUCGCUUCUUUGUCACCGUCGGAGCGGACGCAAAGAUCGCGCUCUAUGCAGCAAAGCACAUGGACAAGGCGACGGGGGACGUCAAGUCCUGA